UUUUUAUUGUUGUCUUACAAAAAGGCCUCCUGUGAGUGCAGUGCCGUCGUCACUUGAUCUCUUCCUUUCCCACAAUCUCUCCUGAAACCCUAAAUCAAAAAGUCGAGAACAAUGGCGUCGUUCGCUCGCCGAGCCAUGAGCCUAGCUCAGAUUCCAUCUGCACGUACCCCCGCCUCUGUCUGUCAGCGUCGUGGUCUCGCUGGCGCCGCUGAUCACCAUGGAUCUACCAAGGUUGACUUCUGGAAACAGCCCACGAACCCAGGAAACUGGAAAGAGGAGCAUUUUGUGCUUAUUUCGCUAUCUGGCUGGGGCAUGCUUUUCUACGGUGGAUACAAGCUCUUCACCGGCGGCAAAGGAGAGAAGCCUGUCGAGGCUGCACAAUGAAUUAUCACUGGGAAAACACUAGAGAACUCUCAUUUCCCUGCAUUUGCUUUACCUUCCAGCACCUUGUGACUGGCCUUGUUAUCUAUGCCAGCAAUUACUUCUUGACAAUCUUUGUUUGUUUUCUUUGACAAUAAUAUGCAUCAGUCACCUUUUGAGAUCCUAAUUUGGAUGAUUCUUGGCUGUUUUGCCUUUCAUAAUUUCCCCAUGCUUUGAAACAUAUCAAGAUUUUAGCAUUGUGAUAUGCUUUGCCUCA